AUGAGUACUACCUUCAGAAAAAUAAAACUAAUAUUCAAGAAAAAUGAUAGCCAAUAUCUGCAAAACUACCGAGCGGAAAUGAAAUCAAGAAAUAAGAAUACGAUAAUAACAAGACAUGACCUACUAAUCGCGCACGAAAUGAAACAAAGGGCGUCGCUGGAUAGGACCAACUCAAUUAGUAAUCUUCAGUCACAAGGUAAAAGGAGCUCAGAUUCAAAAGAGUCCAGGAAAUUAUGA